UUGUACUGAAAAUAAAAUUACGUAAGAUCUUGUAAAAUUAGAUUAUACAGUUAUUAUUGUAUUAUUUAAUUUUUUCAAAAUUUCUUUUUCAUAAAAUUAUUGCAAUAAUUUUAAGUUGAUAAACAAAUUUAAGUGAUAAAAAAUACACGCAACCAUAUAUAGAUAUAGAUAUGUAUAUACAAAUAUAUAGUUAUUGGUAUAGCUGUAAAAAUAAACCAAGAGUAUAUAUCUCCUCUUCUACUGUGCCAAAAUAAGCAUGUUAGUUACUAAAUUAAUACAAUUGAAACAGUGAUAGUGGCACUUCCCAUACUAAUCAAUAAAAAUAUAUUGCAUUAUUUUUAUUUAUAAUAUUAAUAAUUUAUAAUGACAUAAAAUAAAAAAAAAUAUAACAUAAUCAAGAAAUCAAAAAAACUCAAAGAAAUAUUCAGAAAAGAAUUUUAAAUAGAAGAUCUAUAUCCAUAUAAGAGUAUGUGUAUGUAUAUGUGUAUACAUAGUACGAUAGUUAAUUGAACACAUUUGUGUGUAAUAAUAAGUAAAGGGUAUAUAUAUCCUACAGACAGUCAGUGUGAAUGUGCUCAUGACAAUGGUUAGAAUGAAGAAUAUCCUUUACUGCAUCUUUUAUUUUAUAAUUUUAACAAACGGACAAUACAAAGAUGACAGAGACUACAAUAAUGAAUUUUAUGAGGAUGCAUCAAUCGAUUAUAUAACGAAUUGGGAAAAACAUCCACAAAAUGCAUUACAAGAUGAUUUCUACAUUUUAAGUGAUGUAGAAGAUGCAGAAUUACACGAUAUUUAUCCGGAUACAAACGAUUUCACAAUCACAUUUGCUGACAAUAAAAACUCAUUUAAACAUGCUAAUUCGCUUAAUAAUCAAUUGGAUUGGUAUAAAAUGCCUGAAAAAGUAUAUCGUUAUACUAAACAUCGUAUUCCUGGAUAUGAUUAUGAUGAAUUUGAUUACUUUGGCAUAAAGAAUUCCAAAAUCUGCGAUGAAAAGUCAGUAUGGACUCACUGUCUUUGUCAAUUUACAUGCAAAGAACCUAAUAUAGUAGAUUGCUAUACACCAUGCAAAAGUGGAUGCGAAUGUAAGGAAAAUUAUGUGUUUGAUGAGAAACAAGAACAGUGCCUAUUACCUGAAGAAUGUUCUUCCAAACAAGAAGACAUUAUUUAUGAUAAAUAAAAUUUUAUAAAAUAUUCAAUCUUUAUGUUUAGCGAUAAUUGAAAAUAAUCAGUCUGUAUCUUUUAUGAAUUAAAUAAUUAUUAAAAAAAUAAAUACCUUGUUAUCCAUAAGCUUUGCUAUCCUUGUUAUGUGUGGCACAAAAUCAGAAGAGAGAUUAUUAUUAUUUGAACAUCCUACUGCAGCAUCACCGACAAAUGCCCAUCUAUACCUGUUAAAAUGAAUAAGAAAAAUUAAGUAUUAAA